AUGACUCAAGACCGACUACCUCAAAACAGGGCAGACUCAAGUUUUGCAAGGUUAGCAGCAGAACAGCCAUCACACAAACAAACUACAGUCAUCUACAACACCAACAACUUCCCUUCCCUCAUUUUCCAAAAUGCCCUUAACUCCUGGGUGGGCGACCAACGGGAAACAGCCGGGCCCGUAUGGCUUGGCGGCGCGACCCAGGACAACGACCUAACAUUCUUCGAGCAAGGAAACAAUGACGGCGCCAUUGUGACCAGUGUUCGUGUCACUGGAGGCACCGCCGACCAGCACCAUCAGCAUCGACCGCCAUCCAAGGCUGAUGUCAGGCGCGAAGAUCUACUGUCGGCCAUUUAUCGUGUGACGAGACAUCAUAUGGAGCCAGAGUGGGCGGCAGUGGAAAUUCUGGACUGCAUCGAAGAGGAGCUCACCCCCCGGCGGGAAGGGAAGCAGCAGCAGCUGCAGCGGUCAUCUCAGAUGGUGUUGGAUGCGAUCCGGCUACUGCCUGCACCAGAGGCGGGGGACCUUUUUGUCACCUGCGCCGCCAGGGGGCACGUCGGCGUCCUUCUCCUCUACUUCGAGGAAGGGCUGCCCAUCGACCACUCUCACACGACCCUCAAGUACCAAGCCUUGCAUGCGGCGGUGGAGUUCGGGCACUUGGACAGCGCUCGCCUGUUGGUUGCCAUGGGGGCUAAGGUGGACGCUCGCGGCGGUGCGGAAGACAGGAGCCCCCUCUUCCUAGCCGCCUUGGCCAAACGCUGGGACGCGUGCACCUGGCUGCUAGAAGUCGGUGCAAGCAAGAUUAUCCGGGACAAGAAAGGUCUCACAGCAUAUCAGGCGAUGGCGGCGAGCAGUGACCCGGAGGUGGCGGAGCGUUCGGGGAUGCUGACGGACCCGCCGCAGAGGAUCGUCUCGGUCUCGUGCCGAGGUAUCACGCACAAUACCCUGGACCUGACCUGGAGCGAGCCGCUGAGGAGCUACGACGAAGAGGUCUUCGUGGGUUAUCUGGGCGCAAAGAUCAGGCCGGGCACAGCGGAAGAGGCAUGCACCACAUCGCACCAGGCGUUCUCGACGGGGGGGGGCAGGGAUGCGCUAGGCGCGGCGUCGGCCUCCUCGCUCCGGCGGCCCAACACUGGGGGAGGGGAGACCACUGCAGAUGAGACCUUCCCUUGGAAGAGGCGCGAGGUGGAAACGUUUCCGCUCCGGCUCAAGCACCUCUAUCCGGCGACGAACUACAUUGUGCGCGUCUCGGCGCGAACCCUCGCCGGCUACGGCGUCCCGUCGCGAGAGGCCCUCCUCCGCACUAGGGUUUCUCCGCCGUCAGCCCCGAAGGAGGCAGUCAACAUGGUGUCGGCGACACCCAACAGCAUCACCGUGGGCUGGGUGCCUCCCAAGUACGAGAACGGUGAGCCUAUCACCAGGUACGAGAUCCAACGGCUGGUUCUCGACCGGCAUCACCCCGAUUGGGACAAGGGGCGUGUGCUGGCCAAGACUGGGAGCAGUGAACUCCUCACUACCACCACCGCCACCACCACCAGCAGCAGCGAUUGCAGCGGCAGUGGCAGCGGCAACAGCAACGGGGACGACGAGAGCACGAACAACGUUACCGCAACGACUUCAACCGAUUCUAUCUGCUCUGCCUCGAAAACCCAGACCGAGGCAACACAAGCUACAGCAGAGGCGCCCGCGUGUUUUGGCUCCCGCGUGGAAUCGGGCUCUACUGAAGAAUCUAGGGUCAAGCUACCGUCGGUGUCGGGAGGAGGGUCGGGGACGGGGACGAUGGACGAGGACAAAAAGCAGAUCGGAGUAUGGAUCGGGCGAAGAACUGACAAACUGUCUCCCCAUCAUACCGCGGGGGGGCUUCCCACCUACUGCAGGGCUCUGUUCCGGGUGAGGGCGGGGAACCUGGCGGGAUGGGGUCCUUGGUCACCCUCGAGCGACGCCCUGGAGGCCCAGGACAUCAUCCUACCCAUCAAAAGAGGCGCCACCCAGAUGCUCAUACGUUGGUUCAACAAGCCCGACGGGGACGUCUUGCGAUGGGAGCUGUCGAGGCGGGUCUUCAAGUACGGCACAGACUUCAGGGGCGACAAUGACGGCAGCUGGAUAUUGUGUUCGAGGGAUAUUCCUGGUUUACGCGAAGGCGAGAGCACGUUUCGCUGCAAAGGUCUCAUGCCCGGAACAGAGUACCAGUUUCGGUUGCGCGCGUACUCCAACGGCUGCUGGCAGGCCAGCGAAGAGUCCAUCGUGAGCAGUCCUUUCAAAACGAUCUGCUCGCCGCCGGACGCGCCCCCCGCCUGCCCACGCGCCCGCCAGCUGGCAUCGGACCCGCUUGUGGUAGGGGGGAUUGUCGACACUGGGGCCUUGUUGUCAGCCGACGCCGAAGAACCCGCAACAAGCGGUAUCAGGAAGGGGGACAAUCGUCGUGAUGGUGAUGGUCAUGGUCAUGGUCAUGGUGUCGACGGAGGGGGGUCCGUGGACGCGGGCAGGGAUGCUGCCUUCUCGAGGAGAACGGGGGCGGCGGCUGCGGCGGCCGCUGUUGUCCGAGGAAAGACUCGCGCGGAAGAAGACUUCGCCGACACCGGAAGAGAUGUCAAUGAUUGCGCAGAUGUCGGCAGCGAAAGUCGUUACGACGGUGACAGCAGUGACAGCGAUGGCGACGAUCGGAGGACGGAAACGCAUGGUGACCAGGGUGCUGGUGAGGGAGUCGUCAUGGUCGCUUGCAAGAGUACUGUCAACGGGGAGGGUAGAGCGGAGGUGAUGGGGCUCGAGGUGGAAGAUCGGGACACGCGUGUCCCAACAAGCAGGGACGACGAGGAAAGAAUCCGGCGACGGACGCACGAAGCGACAUCCCAGGAGGAAGAGCAGGACGAGGUGGGCAUGGAGCAAACGGGCGUGCGAGGAGUGCGGUUGAGCAAUGAAGCGGAAAGCAUCAGGGAGUCGCCUUCCCUGCCCGCGUUAUCUUGUGAUGCCGCGACGAAGAGAAAUCACACAGAACUGGAAGAAGGAAAAAGCCGAGAGGAUGAGAGUGUGGAAGGCUUUGCGAAAACAACCAAGUUAGGCUCGAGCGCGUCGACGACGAUGGUACUAGAGUGGGACGCGGGUUGUACUAAUGGGUCGGUCACUACCAACUACGAGGUAUGGGGCGUGGCAGACUCCACCCAAGGCCAAGACAAGACGAGCGGAAGUGGCAAGUGGACACUGGUAGCUUUGACGGAGGCCGCACCGACUGCAACCCUUAGUGGGUUGCGCGAGGUAUGUAAGUCCCUUUGCAACCCCCCUCUCGUGUCCACGCGACAGGCGCAACCAUACCGUUUCAAGGUCCGAGCCCGCAACGGGCUAGGAUGGAGCGAGUUCGGCCCGCCUACCCCACCGGUUGUCUUGAACCCGCUACGGCCUUGCGAAGCGCCGGAGCUGGUGGACCGAGGCAUAACAUGGCUGGCUUUGAAGCUUCGGGCGCCUCCAGGGGCGGGGCUGCUGCUCGGCUUUGAGAUGCACAUGUGCCGGUGGGCCCCCGGAAUGAGCGAGGGCGAAGAAACGUGGAGCCUAGUGGUGGACUCCCAGAGAGAGGAAGGUGGUCGAGAGGACCCCUCGUCGACAACAACAACAACAACAACAACAACAACAACAACAUUCCCAUCGUCAAGGCGUGAGGAGUCCCGCAUGGUAUGGGACUUGAAGCCAGGGGCAGGCUACCGCUUCAAGGCGCGCGCACGAACGGUGAUUGGUUGGAGCCCCGGAGGGCCCGUGAGCGACGUGUACAACACUGCGAGGCGUUUUUGAUCUCAUUUUCAACCGAUUUUUCGCAGAGAGGGUUCGCACAUUGUUUCGGAAUCCAUGUUGUAAGGCACCGGACGUUUUGCGUUUCGUCUAGGGCCAUUGAGGAGCAAGGGAAGGCAGAGGAUAACCUUCUAUGAGCAGGACAUUUUUGCUAGAACGCUUGAUUCUGCUUUCGACCAUGUCCUUGCCGUAUCUGUGAUCCCGGGUUCUUCCCGCGAUAUUUUGCACACGGUCGGCUUGGAGUGACUGGAAACAACAAGGCAAAGGUGAAAGACAACACCGACAUUUACUUCGGGCACUAGCUUUCAUGCCACGCAUGCAUUGUAUUCUGCGCUCCUCCAGGAGAGAAACCUCAAGGGGAAGGCGGGGGCUCGGGGCAUAUCGCACGGUACGUCGUGAUUCGAUUGGGGAAUUGCGCGAAACUGCCAACAACGGCUCUUCUUGACCACAAGCAAGGGUCAAACUUGUUCCGAAGAACUCGGUCACUUGAUGUCUAUGUGAUCCAUCUCACACAGUACCGCUACAGAAAACCGUGGAUAUAGUCAUCAUUACAGCAGAACGUGAGCGCAAGGAUGAUAUUUCGCAAACAAACUCGUGACACUAAAUUGUGGGCCAUACAAUCUGCGUUGGCCACUGGCCGUCUCCGCCAGCAACCAGAACAACAAAACAACUGGACAACGAAGUCGCAGAAUAACGAUAUCGACGGGGAAGCAAGUGUGUCGUCUAGGAAUACAUCUACUACGCUCGAUGAGAAUAAUAUUGACGCAGAAGCACAAAACAUCAUGCCGCACCAGAAAGGACCUCAUUGACGCUUGGGGGGGUGGGUUGCUUUCUGAGAAACGCAAAACUACACACGACAAGUUAGUA